AUGUCCGAACCACUUGGAAGUCAAGAAUUGAAGCCAGUCCCUGACUGCCACCUUUCUCCCCAAUACCACUUAUAUGAGCGGAACCCAGAUAUGCUCACCUCUGUUAUCGAGAACGAGCGUACUCGCCGUUUAGUACGGCAGCAGUGGGCGAAGAUAGAGACAGAGCUUGAUGACUUAAUAGAGAAUCACCCUAUGCACGACGAUGACAAAGAUAUUGUGCUAAGAAUCGACUACCUUGAAAAGUUGUCUUUGUUUCUCAAAGAGGAGAUACAGUUAAUUGGAAAGUCGAUAAAGGCCCUAAAAGAACGUAUUGAAAACCCCGAGGUCUAUAUCGCUAUGGCAAGACUCUCCGAUAGUGAGUUCAACCGAGCUUAUGCUUCUUUGAAGCAGAAUCCCAACCGCCAGAUGCGAAGAGAGCUAGCUCAAAACUCUCAGGAUUGCAAUGACUACUUUUGCUCUUCUGGACGGUUACUUGAGUCCUCAAAGGUGAAUAAUAUGAAUGACAAACUUGGCGAAAACCCUCCAUCCUAUGAUAUAGCGGCUAGUGUUUGGAAAGCGAGUGAUAGUGCUAUCGCAAAGCCGCCUCGGAGUUUUGGGAAGAAAUUUUGGAAAUAUUUAGCUCGACUUUAA